CCAACACCCGGAGCGACUCCUCCGGCUGCAUCCCGGCCCGCGCUGCUCCUCCAUCACUACCGUCAGGAUGAGAGCAGUGGGGCUCUUCCUGCUGUGUCUGCCAGCGCUCCUGGUCCAGGGACAGUACAGCAGGUUUGAAGGCAUCACCUACCCCGAGCCGGUACAAUAUUCCCAGUACGACCAGCAAUCAGAAAUUCAGGAUUACUACGACUAUCAUGAUGUCACCCCCCGUGCCCCCGAGGAGCAGUUUCGGUACCAAUCCCAGCAGCAAUCCCAGCAAGAAAUCGUGCCGGCCCCGACCCCAGCUGCUGCCCCCGAGACCGAGCCCACGGAGCCAGGACCCCUCGACUGCCGGGAGGAGCAAUACCCCUGCACCAGGCUCUACUCCGUGCACAAGCCCUGCAAGCAGUGCCUGAACGAGAUCUGCUUUUACAGCCUCCGCCGGGUUUACGUGAUCAACAAGGAGAUCUGCGUCCGCACCGUGUGCGCCCACGAAGAGCUGCUGCGAGCCGACCUCUGCCGCGACAAGUUUUCCAAGUGCGGGGUGAUGGCCACCAGCGGGCUCUGCCAAACCGUGGUCGCAUCCUGCGCCCGCAGCUGCGGCGGGUGCUGAGCUCGAGGGGAACCCCCCCUUCGCCGGUCGCAUCCCGGGA